AUGCAUCGGUACUUGAAAAAUCUGCAUCAAAGAGUCCGAAAAACAGAGACUCCCUCAGACAGCUCUAGCAGUGACAGUGACAGUUCCCCAGACCGGGUUAGUGAAUGGAAGAAGCGAGAUGAGGAAAGGCGGAGUGCGCUGGAAGAGCGUAGGAGAAAGGAACAAGAGGAGCAGUUGCGCCGACUACGUGAGGAGGAAAAGGAGGAGGAUGAGAGAAAAAAGAGAGAGAAGAUAGAAAAGGGGGACAAAGGUAAAACUGACAGUGACAGCAGCCAAAGCGAUGAUGAAGAUUUUAAGCAAGAAAAGAGAUUUACAUCUUCUGACUCUGAAAAUGAGAAAAAAUCCACAAAGGAAUCGAAAACUAGUCCAGGAGAUAGGAAGAAAGCCCCAAAGAAGGAAAAAGACAGAAUGGCCUCAGAUUCAGACAGUGACAAGAAGAUUAAGAAGACUGUUAAAAAGACACCAGCUUCACAGUCUGCGAAAAAAACAACUGAGAAGGAAAAACGUGGAGACCGACCAAGAGGAAGGCCUCCCAAGACUGAUAAGGGAAGAAAGAAACCAGAAACAAUAAAUGACCGGAAAACACAGAAGAAAGAGCCUACAGUAGAAGAAAAACUCCAGAAGCUCCACAGUGAGAUCAAGUUUGCAUUGAAAGUGGACAAUCCUGACAUACAGAAAUGUCUGAAUGCUCUGGAGGAGCUUGGUGGUCUCCAGGUGACUUCUCAUAUACUGCAGAAGAAUACAGAUUUAGUUGCCACGCUCAAAAAGAUACGCCGGUACAAGGCCAAUCGAUCUGUAAUGGACAAGGCUACUGAAGUAUACAGUCGAAUCAAGGCUCGUAUUCUGGGUCCCAAAUCUGAGUCUCAACUGAAAGACAGCCAGAAAGAUAGCAUCGGGGAAAAAGAUAAAGAAACGCCAGUGAAUGGAGACUCUACAUCCCAAGCAAAUGAGGGUAGUGUUGAUAAGGAAAGUGAAGAACGUAACCAAGAGUGUGAAACAAGUGAUCAUGGAAAGGAAGAAGACGGUACUAAUCUCACAGACGAAACUAGUAAUGCUGGCCUGAUCCCUGCUGAGACUUCUGGAAGUUGAGGGGCUGUGACACAUAGGAUUCUACUCCAUUAUUGCUGAAGACUGUCUUUGUCAGAAGUCCAUUUCAAGGGUUGCAUCUACUGUGUCCCCCUAUGCUCUUAGUGAUGUUUGGUUAUUUUUUGUUUUGUUUUUCCUAGUUUAUUUCUUGUGACAUGAAAUGAGUAUAAAAAGUUUUUAUAGAUAA